ACUGUGAAUGGACGUGAGCGAUACAGGCUGAAGAGUCACGUUGCUGUCUGCUCGUUCAGUCAUUGGACUGCUUCUGCAUGGUCACUAUUGGUGUUUAUUUAUUGUGAGUGGGAGGAUACAUACAUGAAUUAGGAGGUGAGGUAACUAGCAGGAUAUCUAAUCUACUUCUACCUCAAGAAGAAGUUAUCGUGAGUGGAUACUUACAUAGACCAGGUGGAAUACUCCCAUACUUGAUGUUCAAACUCUCCUCUGCGAAGAAUUGAUUUUUAUGGCAUCUCUUGUAGUCUUGGUAUUUCAUUGUCUGCAAGAGGUGAGAAGUAAGGGCUAGUGCUCAAUACAACUGGAGCCAGUCGCAGAAUCCCUUUGACUACAGUUGAAGGACCCGGUUUAGAUAUCCAGCCUUCAACAAUUGCCACUAAACCCAUUGACAGGAAGAGCUCUGUCAGGAGUUAAGACUUGAGUUGAACAUUCUCCCAUAACCUUUCCAUUAGCUUUAUCCGUGAUCACUUGUGUGGCUAAGAUAGAUGUCCAUCUGCCAGCCUGUUUCUGUAACAGACACAGCUGGAGCAAGCAGCAUUCAAGGAUUACCAUCAACAAGUUAGUCAGGCUCUGAGCAAGACCGAAGGUGUCUUGGUGCUCCAUGAUAGUGAAUACAAGCUUGUGUUGCCAGUUUAAUCCAUCGGUACACACAAUCAUCGUGUGUUGGCAUCUCCCUUCCAAGACAUUGUGUGGAAUAGCACAGUGCUAUAAUCACAUAUCAACAUCCCAUGUCAGCUGAAGUCCAAUGUGAUCAGGAAUAGAAAUGUGUAGAAAUCCAUCUGUGUAAAGGAAAUAAGCACAUAAACUCGCCAAUUAGUAUUUUAAAGGAAGAGGAUAUACGGGGUCUUCCCAGUAGCAGUAUCAACAGUCCACUGGCAGUGAGUGAAAUUACCCAAGAGGUGUGUAGUGUAGCACGUGGUCGUGCUUCACCUGUGGUUGGAUUAGGAAUCCCACCACUGCUGCAUCGUCGGGAGUACCUGAAGCAGGCGUUGGUUGUGUCCCCAGCAUCUGCUAGAUGAGCCAUGCUAAUGAACAUGCUAAUGGGGGUAAACCUGCGGGUGAGGAAGUGGAGGACCCUGACCCGGAGCGCAGUCAGCUGAUGACGGCCAUCGAAGAUCAAACAAAUGAAUCGCUGGAAAGUACGAGGCGUAUGCUUCAGAUGUGCGAGGAGAGCAAGGAUGCUGGCAUCAAGACAUUGGUCAUGUUGGAUGAACAGGGAGAGCAACUUGAUCGUGUUGAGGAGGGCAUGGACCAGAUCAACCAGGACAUGAGGGAUGCAGAGAAGAACCUGGAGGGCCUGGAGAAAUGCUGUGGACUCUGUGUGCUGCCUUGGAAGAAAGCAAAGAACUUUGAGAAGGGUUCUGACUACAACAAGACAUGGAAGGCAUCUGAGGAUGGCCCCACCAACACAAACGGCCCGAGGCUCAUUGUGGACUCUGGUGGUUCAGGACCUACAGGAGGCUACAUCACAAAGAUCACAAACGAUGCUCGUGAAGAUGAGAUGGAACAGAAUGUGAGCGAGGUCAGCGGAAUGAUUGGCAACCUCCGUAACAUGGCUAUUGACAUGGGUAGUGAGAUCGACUCACAGAACAGACAGGUUGAUCGCAUCAAUCAGAAGGCUACAUCUAAUGAGAUUCGCAUCACUGAAGCUAAUAAGAGAGCUACAAAGCUCCUUAAAGAGGCUUAGGUCUCAAAAAGUGUAACUGGCCAGUCGAGUGUGGUUUCAAAUCUUACAUUUGUUCUCAUCUUUGUUUUUCUUCUUCAGUUUGGAGUCCAUUAGUGCAAAUUUCUUUUUCUACAAUAUAUGAACCACACUUACCAUCUAGAGAAUCAUUUGGCUGAAACUGUUUGCAAAAACACAUUUCAUAACCAUGGGAUGAGCUUUUCAUCACCCUCAUUUUUGAAGAGAAACAUAUUUGCUUGAAACUAGCCAAGACAAUAUGUUAGGAUUGUAUGUGGUAAGAUUUGAUCUUAGGAAGUAGGAAGUAGGAAGUAAUUCAUGUUAGCAUUAUAAUCAUAAUGAUUCAUUAGGAUUGUUUUUCUUGAUGGACAUUGAUGUCAACUUUGUAUAGAAAUAUAAUGUAUUUCUCUUCUGCUGGUAAUGCUAUGUUUUAAGCAUAAUAAUGUUGCUAAUAGAGUAAAGAAAUGUAGUCAAAUCAUUGUUGAUUAGCUGAGACUUCAUCAUUAGCUCUUAAGGCAUUAGUUUAAUGAUCAAAUUAUGCCAUGUUCAUUCUAAUUUAGCUGUGUUAAGGAUGAACAUAUUGAUGGUAUUUUGUAGUAGGUAUUUAUUUGUCUUGGCUAGAAUCUCAUUACUAUGCAUGACUUGGUGUAGUGGAAUUAUAUUUCCUUUAUAAACCAACACCAGUUGAGGUCACUUUUCUUGUAAAUCAAUUCAAAUCUUUCAAUGCUGCUUCAGUGUGCCUGUUCAGUUUUGAAAUGAAAAAAUGAUGGAAUGGUUUGGUUUUGAAAGGGAAAUAUGGUUGUAUUGUUUUGUAGUAAUUUAGUAAGGAAUGCUCACUCUCUGUUGAUUUGUGAUUUUUCUGGGUCUUCUUUUCUCUUGAUCACUAUCGUUUGUUUUAUGUUUUGUUGUCUGUUCUCAGUUUCUUUUGUGUUUUCUUCAUUUUCAACACUUUAGGCAGGGUCGUUGAAUGUCCGAGUUGAUAACGCCAAUGACCGAGCAACAAAAAUACUCCGACAUCAGUGAUGGGUCCAUGUCUCUCACCUGCUCAACGGGCUGCCGUCAACUGGUCAGAGAUUCUGCGUUCUGCAAGCAGAUUCUCUACUGUAUCUCGACCUUCAAGUGCUAAAGGGAGAAACUCCAAGAACAGUCAAGAUUAUAGAUGUGGUGAAAAUUGGUUCUCCAGUGGUUUCUUGUGAAUAACAUUCUUGUUUCUUUUAUGUUCAUUUGUCGAUCAAGGAAUAUUCAAUCAAAAUUAAGCAGUUUGGAUGAUUUACUGACACCUGUGUACAUGGCAUGUGAUGAAAUUGUGUAUAGGAUAUAUGGAACUGGUCACAAAGUCAUGUUUAGGAUGAAAUAUGAACAUUUUAAGACUAUUUAUAGUUUAACGGUCAUUAAAUAUUGUAAAUAAUAUGACAUCAACAAUUGAUUUUCUUUUAACUACAAAAUUAUGUAUAUAGUUUUUUAUGAAAUGCAGGCCAGAUUUUCAUAAUUCAGUCAUCUGUCAUCAGUGGGAAUAAGGGGUAAAGGAAGUCAGGGCAAAAGAGCCAAAAUCAUAAACGAAAAAGACAUCUUGAUGGUCAAAGACCUUCUUCCUUUGUUUCAAAUCCCAUAUUAAUUGUCAUAUAUGGAAAUCUGUCAUUGCUCUUGGACUUUCCUUAAUUAUUGCUACUUCUUAAUCAAUUUGUUGUUAUUUUCUUCCGUACCAAAAAAUGUACCAACAAAGUCUUUACCUGGCAAGUAUAUGCCAAUAAUGUAUUAUAUCUCUCAUCAUUUUAUUUUGAGCAUUUGAGCAAACUGGCUUUUACAAAUUAUUAGUCAAUAUAUAUGUGAUUUAAACAUGCACCUUGCCCCUUCAGUUUGCAACUUUUAAGGGAUUUAGUGAUCUAAGGGAAAUAACUCUACAUUCCAAUACUUAAUAUAUUAUCUCAGUGUGGCCACAAAGGUUUGAUGUCAGCAUGCAUGGAGUAAAGUACUGAUGUGAAUGUUGUUUCUGCAUGCCGUUAACAUCUCUCUUGUAUGGAAACCUUCAUGUGUCCUUUCUGGAUUCAGAUAAAAAUAACUUUCUUGUGAAAGAUUUAAUAUAAAAUUUCUGUAUAUAAUUCUCUCUGCUUUAGAUGUCUAUAUGUUAUGGGACAUUGGCAUCAGAACCUCUGUCCAUUACUUCUAGUCAAGAAAAAAAUGAAAUAUCAGUAGAUUUUCCUGUGCAGGUGAAACAACAGUUGGAGCAUCAAUUUUGAUCAGCUUUGUGCAAUGUGUUGAGGUUUAAGCUUAUGUGGAAGGUAAGAAUGGGAAUUAAGGACCACUAACAUAUAAAUAGCACAUUGAUUCCAUAGAAAUAGCAAAGUAAUGUAGAUAACAUGUUGACAUGUCCAUGCCUAAUAACUAAUGUUUUAUUUUGGUUGAUGGUGGUGAAUCACCAAGGUGACGUAUGACGGACCAGCGUUUAUGCCGAAUAUUUGCACAUUAUUAUCAAGUAAUGUUUUGUUUCAUCGAAUCUAUUUCAAUACAUUAUUUAUCUUCAGUGUAAAUUUUAAUGUACCAGUAUGGACAAAAACUACAGCAAAAAAGUCUUGCACUUAAACUGUAUGUUGCUUUGAGAAAAAUGUGUUUUUAUGCUGUCAGUGACGAAUUUGGCUCAAUUCUACUUGUAACAAUUACUGCUGAUAGUUUAUGGCUUAAAUAACAAGUAAAGCAGUUUGAAUAGAUUUUGAUACUUUUGAACAUUUUAAAUAUUGUACAAUUGAUAUUGGAAUUAAAAUUCUGGAGUUGAAAAUGAGAUAUGACACAGUUGUUAGAUAUCUUCCCCAAUAAUAUGCAUGUGGUUGAGUUUAUUGAAGUAUUAUAAACAUGCAAAUCAUAUGUCUGUACUAUGGAAUUUUGUGAUUGUUGGUUGCAAACAUUGAUUUGAUGAUGAGGGACAACCAUGAGAUUUGUUACAGUGACUUUGUGAAAUUUUGGAGAGAUUUUGAAGUUUAAAUUACCAAUAAUAUAAUGAGUAUCUCAUGUAAACAACGGUAUUGCAGAACAUAAACAUUCUGAUAUAUUCUCUCGAACAUUUCACUUAGUGGAAUAAAUGAACUGUAUGAAAUUACUGAUAUGUGCUCUUUCUUUGUGUUACACAUCCUAUACAUAUUAUAAAUAGAGAAUCAUUUUCAGAAUCAUUCAUUACAGUUGUUAAGCUUUGUCCGGUAUGUAUGUCACAAUCAUGUUGAUAUUAAAAUUGUCCUGUAGACAUAGUGUAGAGGUUUCUGUGUCAGUUUCUUUCUCUCAGUGUCAACAACUUCUUCCAUGUGAUAUGCAGUUCAUUUGUCAUCAUCAGGCUGGAAAUAUAGAACUGACACAUGUCAGACAUCAUACGCUUCUAGUAUGUCUACCAAACUCUCACUCUGAACAUGGUGGUCAGGUUCUGUAGACAGUGAAGUAUUCCUGUCUUUUAUGACAAUUAUGUAUUUAAUAGUCUUACCUUGAUGAUUUGUGUAUUAUGUUAUUAAUGUUGGAAGGGAUGAAAGAGGCUUAGAGAUCAAAAUUGUUGUGCAGAGUUGCGUCCCUAAGCAUUGACAGGAUCUGACAUUCCCGUUUCACACUUGUUAUGAUUCUUUGUCUGUCUGCAUGCAUUCAUGCUUGUUUGUAGCAUUAAAGGGUAAAUGUCUGACCUGCAACGCCUUGUGACUUCCUCCCACUGAGUGGUGACAAACUUUUCUGUGUUUCUGUCCAAUCAGCAUGACAGCAGUCUUGGUGAAGUUGCAGAGCUGAUGGUUUGUUGUGUUCAGUGUGUUGUCUGAAUCUUCACUGCUGAAUUACAUGAACUGCAGUGAUGUGCAAUCACUCACCAAAUUGCUUGUAACAAUAACAUAAUUGAGCCAAGCUGAUCUGCAAUGUUUUCUGUAAUGUUACAAUGCAGACAGCUAUUAAUUAGCAAAUCCAUGCCAAAUUUCAUUGAUCCAUCAGCCGGACUUCUAUAAUACUUUUUUGUGUGGUCUUUAUCACACCUUUAUUUGUUUGUUAUUUACUGGUAUAUCACGAGGUUUACAUUCUUUGUCUCUUGGUACUGUGAUGACAAUUUUUACAAAGACAAUUUACUGAAUCUAACCUGACAGCAAGACUUGAUGGAACUGCCAUGUUCAGUGUGAGAUUUGGGAUGGACUAGACAGUAACUUCUCAGAUUGCUUAACAUCUUUAUUCAUUUUCACUGUUAAAGAUUAAAUACUUUCACAUCUUCAA